CUUCCUCCCAUUCUUCGACUCUCUCCGUGGAAAAUGAAAAGGAAAGUUGCGUCAAGACAACGAGGUUAUUCAGUGUUCAGUAAGUCACAUUAAACAUGAAAUACCCACAGAUAACCACAGAGUAACUCUACGUGAAGCUCCAUACCUCUGCAGAUUUGUGAGUGUAAUGAACCAGGUUGAAGCUUUCUACGUCAGCGCUGACUCAGUCGACAGCAGACGUCGGAGGCAGACAAACUGGACCUGCAGCUCAUUCCUCUGCUGUUUGUUUCCUUCAGAUCAACAUGGCUGACACGCACAGAGUGACAGCGCAGGGCAGGAAGAAAUGGGUUUUUCCACAGAAAAGUGUGACUGACGAACACAAAGCGAGUGUUCGCUCUGCUGACAGAGAUGCUGAGAGAAAUCUGGCAGUUCCUUUCAGAGGUCACAUCACGGGUGGGAUGCGCCCGGGGAAGAAGGUUGUCGUGGUCGGUGUUGUGGACUCUCGUCCUGACAGGUUCUACGUUGCCCUGACGCGUGGUUGUGGAACAAACGGGGAGCCUCCUCCUGAUGUGGCCCUGGAGCUCUGCGUUCGAUUCAGGGACCGACAAGUCUUGCGCAGAGCCUGUGUGUCUGGAUCCUGGGGGGAUGUCGACAGAGCCGUCCCAUUCUUCCCCUUCAUCAGAGAGCAGCCGUUCAAGAUCGAGAUUCACUGUGAACACAGUCGGUUUCGUGUGUUUGUGGACGGACAGAAGUUGUUUGACUUUUCACACAGAGUGACGUCACUCAGUGACGUUGACACGCUGUGGAUCAAAGGCAGCCUCACCAUCACUAAACUGGCUUGAAGUAAUGGACUUCACUGAUGAACCUUGUGGGCACAAACUGCCAGGAAUCACCUCGGCCUGUAUUCACUCUAAACACUUUGGUCCCGGACGUGUAAUAUGGAGAGAAAUUAGUCUGGUGACAAAAAUGUGUUUUGUGAUCUGCAAAUAAAAAUAAGAUUUCCGUUUGUUUGUUGGUAUUUCGUAUUACACCAUAAAUUCUCAAAAAAUAAUAAUAAAUAAAUUCUCUCAAAUUGUCACACGCAUUUAUGUAAAUCUUGUUUCUAUUGUAGAUCACAAAACACACAGUUUCUCUCUGUAGUUUAAGACUUGAUAUGGAUCCUAAAAGAGGUUUGUUUGUUUGUUUGUUUCCUUUUAUAUUGCAAAAAUCACUCAGGAACAACUCAUGAAGACGGCUGCCUGCUAAUGAUUAAAGCGAUUAAAUCAGACUUGAUUUCACUGUAAUUAAAGUGUUAAAUACUAAAUGUUAAAUGUACUGUAUGUUUGUGAUUGUGCUGAGCUGGGUGUUGACUUUUGAACUUGUCCUUUAAUUUUAAUAUACAACUUAUGUAUUAUAGUUUUUACAUUUUAAGAAUUUAGUCAUUUAUAGUAGCAUUUAAAAAGUGAUCAGUGAGCUCCAACACGCUAACACUUUGGUUCAUCUAUCUGGAGUUUGUUCUACAAACAGACUUGUUGUGCAUUGUACAACACUGCCUUUGUUAUGUAAAUAGUUUGUGUGUAAACAACCUCCCAGAGGCCCCUCUUCUGUAUUUUUUCUGGGAUUUUGGGAAGGGGGCCUUGGGGACCUGGAGGGAGAACACUGUCAUUGCCAUGUUAUAGUAUAGUCGAGUAUGUUUUAGACUGACCCAAAAAA